GUAAUCAAUCAAGCUUUAGAUUUUUUAUUUAAUACUUUAUUAGUGAGAGAGAAGCGAAUUGAUCAAUUGAAUUCACUGAACAAAGGUCCAUCCAUAAUGAAUAGAUUAGCUCCUCAAAUUGUUAUUCUGGUGAUGUUUUGGACUUACUUGAGAGGUAUCCAUGGUGUGAAUUACAUUGCAGGAUCAGUUGGAGAAGCAAAAAUCAUGAGGUGCAUCGACCAUGAAAGACAAGCACUCCUCAAGUUCAAACAACAACUUUAUCAAAUCAAGGAUGGAUUUCUUUCAUCAUGGGAGAAAGAAAACACAGACUGUUGUGACUGGUAUGGUGUUCAGUGUUCCAAUGAAUCAGGAGGUCAUGUCACAGCUCUUGAUCUUUCUCCUUCAACAAAUAGAUUGCCUCCUCGGCUUUUCUACGAAGAAGAAGAUCGGUUUCUGCGAGGUAACAUCAGUAGUUGGAUUCUUGAGUUGAAAUUUCUUACUUAUUUGGACCUCAGUUCUGUUGAUUUUCAAGGGAACCAAAUCCCAUUUUUCAUUGGUGCUCUUACUCAAUUCAGGUACCUCAAUCUCUCUCACACACAAAUGAAUGGAGAAAUUCCUCCUCAGCUUGCAAAUCUUUCUAGCUUGCAGGUUCUUGAUCUUGGCAAUAAUUAUGAGCUCACCCUCACAAACAUGAAAUGGGUUUCUCAUCUUUCUUCUUUGAGAGUACUUGACCUUACUGAGACAAACAUGAGCAAAGCCAUUGACUGGGUUCAAACUGUUAGUCAACUCCCAUACCUUACAAACUUAGUGUUGAGUCUGUGUCAGCUUCCUAAUAUUACUAUCCCUUCUUCUCUUUCUUUACUCAACUCCUCAAAAUCACUUGCCAUCCUUGAUCUUUCCUAUAAUCGGCUCUCUGCUGGUUCAGUGUAUCAAAUGAUAUUAAACUUCAGUCGUAGCCUUGUUCAUCUUAACCUCUGGGAGAACCAAAUAAAUGGUUUCAUACCAGAAGCUUUUCAAAACAUGAGUGCCCUUGAAUACCUUGAACUUGGAGCUAAUGAAUUAGAAGGUUUCAUACCAGAAGCUCUAGGAAAGAUGAGUACCUUGGCACACUUGGGUCUCAGUUUGAAUGAGUUUAAAGGCUCUAUUCUUGAAGCUUUGGGGAACUUGACUGAUCUCACAUACCUUGAUGUUGGCAGUAAUCAAUUAGAAGGUGAAUUCCCAAAAUCCCUUUGGAAUUUAUGUAAGUUGCGUACAUUAAGAGCAAGAGAAAACAAUCUUCGUAGAGUAAUGAUUCCUGAGCAGAAUCAAUUACUGUCUAGGUGCCCACAAUAUCACUCUCUAGAGUAUUUGGAUUUCGGUUGGAACCGAAUCAUAGGGCCAUUGCCUAAUCUUACUUUAUUUUCAUCAUUGAAAGUAAUAACACUUUAUUUAAAUCAAUUCAGUGGAACUGUACCUGAAAGUUUUGGACGAUUAACACAGUUGGAGGAAUUGGAUCUUUCUUCAAACUCUUUAAAGGGUGUAAUUUCAGAAGCUCAUCUUUCAAAACUCUCAAAGCUAUCGCAUUUGAGUUUUUCCCAGAACUCACUAAUUUGGAACAUCACUUAUUAUUGGCUUCCUCCUUUCAAGUUGGAUUUUAUAGGACUUGAGUUUUGCAAGUUGGGUCCUCGGUUCCCAAAAUGGCUUCAAACUCAAAAAGAUUAUUCCAUUCUGAGUAUUUCUAAUGCAGGGAUAUCAGAUUCUAUUCCUAAUUGGUUUUGGGACAUCUUUAGUAGUUGUUAUUCCAUGGAUCUUUCUGACAACCAACUCCAUGGAAAAAUAACAGAUUCCUCAUUUGAAUUCAUGUAUUAUCCUGAAGUAAAUCUUAGUUCAAAUGAGUUAGAAGGUUCAAUACCCCAUUUCAUGUUCAAAGUGGGUGCACUAGAUCUUUCCAUGAACAGAUUCUCAAAACUAGAUUCCAUAUGCCAUAUCACUAAUGAUACAAACUUAACGUUGCUCGAUAUUUCGAUCAAUCAGUUGUCUGGGAAUCUCCCUGAUUGUUGGUCUUAUUUCAAAUAAU